GUAUAAGUUCACGUUUUUUCUGACUACUGUUUUAUCGUUAAUUAACUAAAUAGUUUUUUAACGGAAAUCGCUUACUAUGGGAAAGCCGAAAAAGCGUGUUAAGAAGUAUAAUUAUACAAAAAACAGAAAAAAAGUAAAUCUUAAGGCGCAAAAGCUUCCUCACAUAGAAUGGUUAGUAUAAACGAUGGCUAUUAAAGACGCUCAUGUAGAAUGGAAGCAAGGUAUCUGUGUUUUAAGAUACCCUAAUUGAGACACUCUGAAUCUGUAAGACUUAUCCCCGACAAUGUGCCUAAUUAGGUAAAGACGCUAAAAAAGCCCAUAAUUGCUUUCUUUUCCGGCAAAAGAAUAAUUUGGUAUUCUUUUUAGCAGGUUUUAAAACUAAAAUUUCAGUAUGACAGACGAUGUGCAUAAUUUUCAUCUUAAUAAUAAUUAAACAUAUAUAUAUAUAUCAAGGAUAAACGAAGAUAACAAUAAACUUAUACAGUCGUUGUAUUUUCUAUUGAUUCAUCAUUUUAUAUUAUUAUAUUUCUGAAUAAUAUAUGAAACAGAUGAAAUCCUAGGACAUUAGUGAUAAUUCCGAUUCUAUCAUAAACAAACUAGAGACAGUAUGAUAAAUCUAUUUUAAUUAUUUAUGAUGACUUUUAGUAAUGAAAUACGCAAAAAUUGGAAUGUAAAGAAAACCGUGAAAAGAAACCUAAAAGACAUGGGUAUUUCUGCUGAUCCGAAUGCGACUAUUAAAUUACGACAAGCUUUUGACGAGGAUGAAGUGAUAGAAAAGGUGUCAACUAGAAGUAUACAAAAAAUAAGGAAAGAGAAAGGUCACGUUGUUAAGGAAUUAGAGGAACAAGCAAACGUUCCUGAUAAAGGAGUAUUUCGAUUGCCAGAUAACGAAAUUGAUUUUUGUACACACAUGCUUGACAAGCACGGAGAUGAUUAUAAAGCUAUGGCUAUGGAUAAGAAGAAUUACUAUCAAGACACGCCCAAGCAAAUUCGAAAGAAGAUUCUCAAAUUCAAAUCGAUACCAGAACAUUAUAACACUUAUUUAGAAAGUAGAAAAAAAACAGUCAAUUAA